CUUUCAGUCCUGAUUCUGCCUUUUUGUUUCUCACACACUCGUUUAGUAAGAAUUGUUAUUUUUUUACUUGAAAGUCAAGUAAAUUGAGAUACUGUGGCAAAAUGAUUAUUCUUGGAUUACUACUGUUUUGUAUUACAAAGCCAGUCUUUUCAGCGCCGAUGGAACCAGUCUGUUCCAAGUUCGCCUACGAAGAGCAAUUACUCGAAAAAAUGGUUCGCAUGGAAUUCUUUGUGGAAAAUAUGCAGAAAGACAUGCUAAGCAGUGUAACGGACAAUAUGGCAACUAUGAAAGGCAUAACUGACAGGCAGACUGAUAUAUCCAACAACUUGACAGGGUUUUCUGAAAUGUUAGAAGACUUUGAAAAACAGUUUGAAGAAUUUCAGGCGAAUGUUUCUGACACAGUGAAACGGAAUAUUAAAGGGAUAACUAAAGAAAUAGAAGACUUCGGGAAGAAGUUUGAAGAUUUCAAAACAAGUAUAACCGAAACGAUGGAACAAAAAGUUAAAACCAUGGAAGAAAUGAAAAAUUCGAAGAUACCACUCGUUGCUUUCAAUGUGUAUGGGGCAAUGGACCAUUCCGGUGGCUCUAAUAUGAUUUUCAAAAACAUUCGUUUAAAUGAAGGCGAAGCAUACAGCAAAGACACUGGUGUUUUUACUGCUCCAGUAGAUGGGUUGUAUCAAUUUAAUGCUCACAUUUGUAUUAAAAAACAGGUUGACGUUGACUAUCAUCUGAAAGUUGACGAUACUUGGAUUGUCAAGGGAGAGUACAGAAUACCUGCAGAUUCAGGCGACGGAAAAUGUACAUCAUUUGGCGCUGUUGCAUCGGUGCGGAAAGGCGAAACGGUUCGAGUAGGAGGAAUGUCAUUUGACAAAGUGUUUAUUAAUUCGGAUGACUGGAACUCUUUCUCCGGUGUACUUAUUCUAGCAAUAUGAAAGAAAACAUGAUACUUCACUUUGAAACGUUAAAAUAAUGGACAUAGUGUAGACAGAUAUGUUUGUGAAAGAAAAAAGUCAGCCUGUUAAAAGUACAUAUUCUUACAACAGAGGGACGGAUGUUUCAAUUCAUGUAUUGUUUUAGGUUGAUAUUAAAAGUUUAUACAUAUGUUUACAUGUAACUAUGACAAGUAACAUGCUGAAAUUAUUACUGUGUCGUGAAUAUUUGCAUAAGGACCUACUUGAAGAUAAGAUAGAUGAAUAGGCAAAGCAUUAAUGACAUCUUCAAAAUUCUUAUUCAUUUGUCACUAUUGUGUUAUCAUAUCUGUUAUGCCAAAUUACUGUCGUGGCAUUUCCAAAUACUAAUUGUUACAUGGUUACUUAUGAAAUGAGCCCGCCCGCUUAGCUCAGUAGGGGUCGUGCGUUCGAUCCUCGGGCAGGGCGUAUGUUCUCCAUGACUAUUUGAUAAACGACAUUGUGUCUGAAAUCAUUAGUCCUCCACCUCUGAUUCAUGUGGGGAAGUUGGCAGUUACUUGCGAAGAACAGGUUUGUACUGGUACAGAAUCCAGGAACACUGAUUAGGUUAACUGCCCGCCGUUACAUGACUGAAAUACUGUUGAAAAACGGCUUUAAACCCAAAACAAACAAACAAAUACUUAUGAAACGAUCUAGAGAAAACAGGAACAAUUUGAUAAAGUAAUGAACUUACCAUACAACAUACCGUGAAAAAAUCUGUGACACUUCUUGUCCUUCCAGACAUGUGUCACAGUGUCACUCUGGUCGCGCUUCGAUGUAAAUAAUGCAAGGAUAACUUUGCUUACCUGAUGUUCUAAUUAAUGCUUUUGUUUAGUACAACAAUUGGAUAUACAUCAUAUUCAUAAUAGUGCGAUUUGUUGGUGUUUUCUGCCGAAAAUGAUUGGGACUAACUGUUGUUUACAUAGCGUGAUGGAUUUCGACCAAAUAUGGUCAGUUAUAUUGUUAUGAAGUGCCCUUGCAUGUGCAGUUGUCAGAUACAACUGGUCUGUUUUUGCCUAUGUACUUUCAAGUGCUGCUUAUUAUUUCAAGACAUUUUUCGCAUUUAUACUUCCUUGUUCACAGACAGGAUUUCGUAUACGUUCGUUCACCACCUUGUAAAUAUUGUACCAGUGUAUAUGAUUUUCCGUAGCUGUAAACUCAAAAAUAAUUUCCCUGGUACGGACAGUUACAAUUUAAGAACGUGGAAGAAGAUGAAUUAUAAGUAACAGGAAUUAUUACAUACUCGUUUUUAUUUCCCGUUAAGUUACAAUGGUACCGGAAACGUCUAUAUUUUUCCAUACACUGACGCCUGAAUUUCAUAUCGCAUGCGUGACGUAAUUUAUUGUGUCGUUGCAUUAAUUCUUUUAUUUACUUCAUUUUUUUUCUAAAGUCGCGCAAUAUUCCGUUUCUUCACUAAAUGUGGUGUAUACUGAACUGAAAAGGUAAAUAAUCAAAAUUAUACUUUUUAGCACCCGUGAAAAAGUAAUUCCCCUUUCCCCGUUACGUAUAUCUGCUAACAAGGUGGUGCCCUCGUGCCUUAAAAUAUGUUCGGAAGAGCCCUAUGAUAUAUAACACACCAAUUUUAUCACCAUAUUAUAUGAGUGAGGCCACCACGGUUUUGUCAGUCAGAAAUUAUACAUGUCGUUUGACUUAUUAGAAAGAUAUUGUCAAGAAUUCAUUUGAAGUUUAAAGCUAUCUGCAUAAAAAAAUUAGGCACUAGUCUGGCGUUGAGGUCGCAUUUGCAUAUCUAAAUGCACAAAAGUUGAAAUCAAAGCUUCAUGACAAAAGACGCAGAUCAUUUAUUGCUACUGUUCAACCUUCCGUCACAUAUCUUAAUAUAAACAAUUUAUUUUCUGUUCGAUCAAAACCUCAAUUAGUUAGAUGUAUAUUGCAAAUGACAUUAGUCUAAAAUAACAUCAUGACUAUAUUUCACCGUGGUUCAUGUAAAGUGCGAAAUGAACUAAAAUUUUCACGCUAAAUGUCCGACCUAAGAAAUAUUUUCUGUUCUUAUGUAUAAUAUAAGUGUACUGAAUUUAAAAUGUAUAUGUCUACUAGUAAUAAAGUAUGACUUCCGUAUCGGGACUUUUGACCUUCCUCCCCUCGUACAUUUAACUUGUAUAUCUAUUGCAUUCCCUUAGAGAAAUGUAAAUUGAACUAAAACCUAUAAACCUAUAACAUUCCUUUAAUGGUAUGUAAAUUGAAUUAAAACGUGUAUACCUAUUACAUUCCUCUUAUGAAAUGUACGUUGAACUGAAACUUUUAUCUCUGUUACCUUCCUCUUAUGGAAUGUAAAUUGAACUGAAACUUGUGAACCUAUUACAUUCCUCUUAUGGCAUGUAAGUUGAACGAAAAUUUGUAUACCUAAUACAUUCUUCUAAUGGAAUGUAAAUUGAACAGAAUGGAGUAUACCUGUUAAAUUCCUCUUCUGGAAUGUAAGUUGAACUGAAACUUGUAUACCUGUUAUAUUCGUCUCAUGAACAUGUUAAUAUGAUAUGGGCAUUAAAGAAUUACACGAUA